CCCCAGCCGCUAGUGCUGGUGGCCGCCGCUGCUGCCGGAGCCCGAGUGGCCCCCUCUGCUCCCGCGCGUCGCUGCUUCCCAGAGCGGCGGUAUGCUGGGGAAAGGGGUAGUGGGCGGUGGCGGCGGCACCAAGGCGCCCAAGCCCUCCUUCGUGUCGUACGUACGCCCCGAGGAAAUUCACACAAAUGAAAAGGAAGUAACAGAGAAGGAAGUAACUCUUCACUUGUUGCCAGGUGAACAGCUGCUUUGUGAAGCAAGCACAGUACUGAAGUAUGUCCAGGAAGAUUCCUGUCAGCGUGGGAUCUACGGGAAACUUGUCUGCACAGACUUCAAGAUUGCUUUCUUGGGCGACGACGAAUCUGCUUUGGAUAAUGAUGAAACCCAGUUUAAGAAUAAGGUUAUAGGAGAAAAUGACAUUACACUCCACUGUGUUGAUCAGAUUUAUGGAGUGUUUGAUGAGAAAAAAAAAACUCUCUUUGGACAACUGAAGAAAUACCCUGAGAAACUCAUCAUCCACUGCAAAGACCUCCGCGUGUUCCACUUUUGUCUGAGGUACACAAAAGAAGAGGAAGUCAAAAGGAUUGUGAGUGGCAUAAUUCAUCAUACCCAGGCUCCUAAACUGCUUAAACGAUUGUUUCUGUUUUCCUAUGCAACUGCAUCCCAAAACAAUACAGCCACUGAUCCCAGGAGCCAUACCGUGAUGUUUGACACACUUAAGGACUGGUGUUGGGAACUGGAGCGGACCAAAGGCAACAUGAAGUACAAAGCAGUGAGUGUCAAUGAAGGCUAUCGGGUCUGUGAAAGGUUGCCAGCAUACUUUGUUGUCCCCACCCCUCUUCCUGAAGAGGACGUACCACGCUUUCAGGGUCAUGGCAUACCAAUAUGGUGUUGGUCCUGCCACAAUGGAUGUGCCCUUUUGAAAAUGUCAGCACUGCCCAAAGAACAGGAUGACGGCGUUUUACAAAUCCAAAAGAGCUUCUUGGAUGGAAUUUACAAGACCAUCCACAGGCCACCCUAUGAGAUUGUUAAAACUGAAGACCUGUCAAGCAACUUCCUAUCCCUGCAGGACAUCCAGACUGCAUACUCUAAAUUUAAGCAGCUAUUUCUGAUAGAUAAUAGUACCGAAUUUUGGGACACAGAUAUAAAAUGGUUUUCUCUGUUGGAAAGUAGCAGCUGGCUUGACGUAAUCAGACGUUGCCUGAAAAAAGCAAUAGAGAUUACAGAAUGUCUAGAAGCACAAAACAUGAACGUUCUUCUUUUAGAGGAGAACGCUUCCGACCUCUGCUGCCUCAUUUCCUCUCUGGUGCAAGUGAUGAUGGACCCCCACUGUAGAACCAGGGUUGGUUUCCAGAGCCUCAUCCAAAAGGAGUGGAUCAUGGGCGGGCACUGUUUCCUGGAUCGCUGCAACCAUCUCCGUCAGAGUGACAAGGAGGAGGUUCCUGUGUUCCUGCUUUUCUUAGACUGUGUCUGGCAGCUGGUGCACCAGCACCCCCUAGCAUUUGAAUUCACGGAGACCUACCUGACUGUUUUGUCAGAUAGCCUGUACAUACCUAUUUUUAGCACCUUCUUCUUCAAUUCGCCUCAUCAAAAAGAUACUAACCUGGGUACAGAAAGCCAGGAUACACAAAGCAAGCCUUUGAAUCUGCUCACCGUGUGGGACUGGUCUGUACAGUUUGAACCGAAAGCCCAGACGUUGCUCAAAAACCCCCUUUAUGUGGAAAAGCCAAAACUGGAGAAAGGCCAGCGGAAAGGAAUGCGUUUCAAAGGUCCUCAAGCCCAGGGUGGAUGUUUCCCCUCCUGGUUCAACCUCUUUCCUGCCGGCUGGACCAGAACUGCCCUGAGAUCCGGAACAGCUUGGCCAGAGCAUCAGCGACAACUUUCUUUGCCACUUACCCAAUCUAAAUCAUCUCCCAAAAGAGGAUUUUUCAGGGAAGAAACAGAUCACUUAAUUAAAAACCUUCUGGGCAAGAGAAUUAGUAAACUAAUUAAUUCUUCUGAUGAGCUGCAAGACAACUUUCGAGAGUUCUAUGACAGCUGGCAUAGCAAGCCCACUGACUACCACGGUCUGUUGUUGCCUCAUAUCGAGGGGCCGGAAAUCAAAGUCUGGGCCCAGCGCUACUUGCGUUGGAUUCCAGAAGCCCAAAUCCUGGGAGGUGGCAGAGUGGCCACCGUGAGCAAACUCUUGGAAAUGAUGGAGGAAGUACAGAGUUUACAAGAGAAAAUCGACAAGCGACAUCACAGCCAGGAGGCCCCCCAGGCGGAGGCCCCCUCCUUGCUGCGGACCUCUGCACGCCUGUCCUCUCUGUUUCCUUUUGCUUUGCUGCAGCGACAUUCCUCCAAGCCGGUCUUGCCCACGAGCGGCUGGAAAGCUUUGGGAGACGAAGAAGAUUUGGCCAAACGCGAAGAUGAGUCUGUGGAUCUGGGGGACGUGUGACUCGUCUGUUCAGUGAUUGUGAGAGAGGAAUGCUGAAGAUUGGGACGGGAGUCAACCCCGUUUGAUCUCUGGAUUGGUGUGUUCCGCUGAAGCUCACUGCUGGGAGGGAGGGGCCUUCGUCCACUGUCCCGGAGGAGGAAACCUGGGCCUUCAGGACAGGAGCUGGUUCUCGUUUUUUUUGUUCAUGGUCCUGAAAGACUAUGCAAUUAAAACCAUAUCUUUAGUAUUAUUAAUUGAAAGUAAUUACUACUUGACCCAUAAUCUAAUUGUGGCCGUUGUCUGAUGCAUACGUAUUAUACUGAACCUGCAGUGGCCGGUUUACUACUAGAAAGGGCUUUGGUAAGAUCUUCUUGGGCUCAAUACUUUCUUCACAUCUUUUCUGUGCCACGAUCAUUUAUCCAGUCAUUUGGAAUAGUGUCUUUCUAACCCAUCUCAGUUUGGAGCAAGUUCCACUUUAUGUGAUAUGUGUAUGGUGAAUUGAAAGAUUCAGAUAGAGGUUUUAAGACAUAUGGCAUUCAUUUAAACAACGCAUAGCAUUUUUCCUUUCUGUGUCCUCUUGCCUAUAAAAAGCUGGGGAAAUUCCACCCUUGUCACCCAUCCUGCCGUUUCAGACCAUCCUCCGUCCUGCAUAGACUGUGUCACUUUGUGUGGGGGUGGUGGGCUGCCAACCACACCGCCCUUUUGCGUGUGCUGACAGCUCCAGGUCUCUCUCUGCCUGUUCUGUACCACUUGCCACCAUCCCUCCAUGCUCCCCGCCUUAGUGCACAUAGGCCCAGGAUCUUGCUGCUAAACCUGUUGGUUAAACUGAGGGACUCUCUUUGGUUUUCCCAGAGGAGAAUCCGUUCUUAUGGAGGCUCUCAGUGUUUGAAAGUAAUUGCUUUGCUUUUUUCUAAUAGCGUGCCGAGGCCUCGGAGCAUUUGUUACUGUGGUCCUCUGCAGCAGCCCCUCAGACAGUUUUCCCGAAUUCUGUUACCUUCCAGACUGAUGAGUAGGGUCACUUUUGAACUUGGCUUUCCUAGGGAAGCAGUUAAGUAUCAAUAUCAGAAGUGAUGGUCAUCACAGAGUACCUCAGCGAUUUAAAAAGCCAUAGAAGAAACUUGACUAUGCCUGGGAACCUUCUUGGAUCUGCUGUCUAAAUGAUAUAUAUUUUUAAAUGCAGGAAAGUACACUUUGUAAGGACUAGUUUUUUCAUUCUCAAUGGAACCCUGUUAAAUCCCACAAAAGGAAGGGGGAAAAAAAUCUCACAUUAGAAUGUUUCAUAUGGAAUGUUUACCUUUUAUAUCUACAUUUGCUCUCCGUUAUAGAUCCCAAUUUGAAUGUUACAUGUUUAGAAAAACUUUCAGUUGCUCGAGGGCAAGAAGAAAUUUUGAAACUGCUAACAAAGAAGAGUUUCUCAGUUUGCACUGAACCGUCUUUUGUACAUACAAGAAACUGCUUUGCUCUUCUCCCCACUCCGUGUUGGCGCGUGAACCAGGUUGGUGUGUUAAGAUGACAGAGGUAGCAGGGAGGGCAGGAUUCGUGCACUGGGGGCCAACACACGUCCCGUCUUGAUUGCCUUAAGAGUCUCACUAUGAGGUCAGUGUUAGGCUUGCAAUAGGGAGUUUUAGAGUACACUAGUUCAUUAGCUACCUUCACGUACAUUCUGUGGGCCUUCUUAAACUGGCACUAACCUCCACUCACUUCUCUGCCCCAUUCCCUCCCAAAUACACUAUGGAGCUAACCAUAUUUUUGUUACCAUAUUAUAACGUGAAUAUUUAUACAGUAGCCUCUUCAGUCAUAGGAUCUUAGUAGUUUUCAUUCCAAAAAUGCCUGGUGUGAUGCUUUAUACUCCACAAAGUAUGGUUUCAAGGCACAAGGUCAUGGCCCUUGUCAUAGCAGUUGAAUGUGCAUUGAAAUAUUUUUAUACGAUUUUUUUUUAAUUACAAUAGAAAAAUAAGUAAACUGUUGUAACAUGUAAGGUCAUGACAAUUUAUGUAUUUAUAUUUGAAAUCAGAUUUCUAUAAACUUGUAUUUGUGUACAGCAUUCUCUGUGGGUUUAUAUAUUGUGAUAUUUUUAUUCAAGAUUGAGAUGUGGAUUAUGCUUAACAGGAAAAGCUGAAGUGACCCCUUUGUUUAAAAGGCUGCACUGUGCGAGUUUGGAAAUGUACAUUAAUUUACUGUAUAUAAUAUCUUGAGUUUGUUUAUACCUCCAAGUUUUUACACUGAAGAUAAAUUACCUUUAAUUACAUUCAAAACUUUUUUUUUUUAAGGGAAUAAGGUUUUGGGCUAAGUCUGUAUAAAUGUGCUUUUUAUUUUCUGGAUGUACAAUGAAAGUUUAUACUUGUAUCUCACUGCAUCGUAUCUGAUUGCAGAUAUUAAAGCACAAUUUACAAGCAA